GGGGGCGGGGCGGCGGCAGCGCGGCUGAGGGGAAGCGGCGGGGCGGCGGCGGUGGCCGCGCUGAGAGGCGGCGCCCGGUCCGAUCCGGCGGGGCAUGCGGGCGCGGCCCGGCGCGGCUAUGGGGACGCAGGGCAGCCCGGUCAAGAGCUACGACUACCUGCUCAAGUUCCUGCUGGUGGGCGACAGCGACGUGGGCAAGGGCGAGAUCCUCGAGAGCCUGCAGGACGGCGCGGCCGAGUCCCCGUACGCCUACAGCAACGGUAUUGACUACAAGACUACCACCAUCCUGCUGGACGGCCGGCGGGUCAAGCUGGAGCUGUGGGACACGUCAGGCCAGGGCCGAUUCUGCACCAUCUUCAGGUCCUACUCCAGGGGCGCUCAGGGGAUCCUCCUGGUGUAUGACAUCACCAACCGCUGGUCCUUUGAUGGCAUCGACCGGUGGAUCAAGGAGAUUGAUGAGCAUGCGCCUGGGGUCCCCCGCAUCCUGGUGGGGAACCGGCUACACCUGGCCUUCAAGCGGCAAGUCCCCACGGAGCAGGCGCGGGCCUACGCCGAGAAGAACUGCAUGACCUUCUUUGAGGUCAGCCCGUUGUGCAACUUCAAUGUGGUGGAGUCCUUCACCGAGCUGUCGCGCAUCGUGCUCAUGCGGCACGGCAUGGAGAAGAUCUGGAGGCCCAACCGGGUGUUCAGCCUGCAGGACCUGUGCUGCCGCGCCAUCGUGUCCUGCACCCCAGUCCACCUCAUCGACAAGUUGCCACUGCCUGUCACCAUCAAGAGCCACCUCAAGUCCUUCUCCAUGGCCAAUGGCAUGAACGCCGUCAUGAUGCACGGGCGCUCCUACUCACUGGCCAGCGGGGCGGGGGGCAGUGGCAAGGGCAACAGCCUCAAGCGCUCCAAGUCCAUCCGCCCUCCCCAGAGCCCCCCUCAGAACUGCUCGAGAAGCAACUGCAAGAUCUCCUAGCAGGCAGCCCUGCAGGAGCGCGGGAUGCUGCUCCUCUGGCAGGAGGUCUGGACGGGAUUUGCAGCUGGCAGAAGGCGGAGUAGAGAGCCUGGAGCGCCGCCGGCCGCCUUCUUAUUUAUGGAGAAACCACUCACCCUCUUGUACAGGUUCCCAGGGCGGUGGGGAAGCCUGGUCCAGCCGCCCUGGGCUGCAUCAGCAGGGGCCAGCAUGGACAUGGGGACAGGGAUGAGGUCCAGGAGGAACCUGAGACUACAUGUGGGGUGGGAACACGCAGGUUGACCACAGCCUUGGACACCAUUUCCCCCGGGGCUGUGUCGGCCUUUCUGGGGGGGUCCCUCCUGUGGAGGAGCCGCAGGCCAGCCAGGGCCGACUCAGGAUCUCAAGGACAGUGGGACGUGCCCUGGCAUCCCCAGGCCCCCGUGUGUGGCUGCAGCUCUGGACCACUUUUGCAUUUGGCUUGGGGCUGUGGACACAGGGCUGCUGGUCCCUGGCCUUGGGUGUGACGCAUAGCUGCUGUGUGCCCUGUAGUCCCAAACGCCACUGCAGCGGACGCUGGCCUGGAGGACCAGUGGCCAGCCCUGAGCUGGAGCCCUGGCCAUUGACUCCGAGGCCAUACUGGUGCUGACUUGCCCUCCGGCACAGCCCCAGGGUGCCCAGGGGCCACAGAGGAGCCCUCUCUUUGGGCUUGGAGCCAGACCCCAGGGCCCUUACUACACUACCCGCUGUUGCUGCUGCUGCUGCUGCUGCUGCUGACCACGCCUGGGCUCUGGGACGUUCUUGUCUGCUUGUACAGUAAACAGAAUUCACCUGUGAA